UUUUCGCCGGCAAAAGGGAUCGAUUUCUGGUAUCGUCCCUGGUGAAAACCGGACAUGGCUAUCGAGACAGAAUACGAACUGGGUCAACGACCGAACCGUCGAAGAACCGCGACUGCUCACCGGUGGGUAGGUCUCUGUUAGUAUACGUAUGUAUAUAUACGUUGUUGUGAAAAAUGAGAAUCGUUUAAACGCGAAAGCAAUAUUUGCGGACGAAAAUUCUGUCGCGUCCCAUGGUUUGUCUUUAUUUCGCUCGAACAGUCAAUGAUCGAUUAAGGCCGAUGAAAGAAACGCCGAAUCUUUGUCAUCUCUUAUCACGCUACAGCUUUAAGUAUAUUUGCAUACAAGUUCUCAAUACACACAAAGACUGCGUGUACUCGAAAAAAAGGAAACGAAUAAAGAAAUUUCGCUGUGGUUGCGUGCAUCUUUUCAAUUAAUCUCCUUUUACCAGUAUUUGCCAUCCUUUCCAAAUUUACAAAGAGUGUACACAUCCGAAAAUGAGAAGCAAAAAAAGGAGAGGCGACAGAGCGCAAGAAUAGCUGACCCAAAGCGGAUCCUUCGCGAGUAAAGAGGAGAGGCACCGUUGGGUUCGGUGAUAGCAGGUUCCCCACCACGGGGUGACGGUUUCGAAUCCCUGCAGGGGGCCCGAAUACCCCCACUCCGAGUGGCGGGCCGCGGGACCUCGUGGUCUCCGACCAACGAGACCGUGGAACAAGGAGUCCGCCCUCGCACCCUCGACGGAAGUCGAUCCACUACCCUGAAGGUAAGGCUCGUGCUCUACCCCCACCGUGUCCCGUGUCACGAUAACUCGUUCAACGGACCCACCGUUCUUGCUCGACUCCUUCCGUUCCUUGGACGUUCGUCUCUUGCUCCUCUUUGUGACGCCCCACCAUAUUCAGGGACUGCCGGGGGCAAUUGAGAGGCAUCCGGGGGGCCAUUUAGAGCCGCUGGGGGGCCGGUACUCGAUGAGUCACUAUAUAAGACGGGCAAGGACAAGAAGGUGUAUGUUAGUAUACACUCAAUCUUCCCGUGGCUCGCACGAUUCACGAAGUAGCGAGCGCCGGUGAAUUCGGUUGCGGCUGUGACCGACUUUUUUUUCUCUCUCUUUUAUUCUCUUCUUCUUCCACCCUUAUUAUCCCCCGAUCCUUUUCUUUUCUUUUCUUCCGUUUCGAUUACCCUUCGAUCAUUCCUCCUGUCUGCCGCUCCUCAACAUUUCGCUGGGCACCAAUAUUAACGAAAGAUCUACGAAUAGGUAUAUUCAGACACCCCAAUCGAGCCGUUACUUCUAUCUUAUUUAUCCCCUUGGUACGCGAGCAUAAACAGGCGUCAUUUAUGUCGUCUGCGCGUGCACGUUUGCAUUCUCGUCUAUCGUUUAACUUUUUCCCCCGUUUGAUUUGUGUUACGCGAAUCUUAGCCUUUAGAAUCGUUCCGCUCUGAUCCACUCCCUUUACCGCCUAUUUUUAUCGCAUUUUAUCGAUCGUUACACAAUCUAAAAAAAAGUAAAGAAAAGUAACUUUGUCAAGGACUUCUCGACGAAUCACACCGAUCAUUCUCCCUUUCCUUAUUUUUCGCACGCGUAUUGCACACGCUCAUCCUCUCCCUUCGCCCCUCUCCAUUUCGUACGCAUUCCCCUCCAGAUUAUGCCCCACCAGUUUGGUCAGAUUUGAUACUUAAAGCCGCGAAUUUCGGAAGCAUCGUUUCAAGUUGGAAAAUUGUGUUCGCGCCGAUACGAAACACGAACGUGCUCCUCGCCGAAAAUCCGUACACGCGUACACGAUACGUGACGUAUUCUGACAGAGGAGAACCUAGAAAGCGAAAGGAAACGGCAAAAACCGAGAGCGAGGGUUAAGAGAAAGCAGACACGACGAAGAGAAAGGGCGGGAAAGAAGAGAAGAGGAAAUAACAGCGAAAGGGCGUGCGGCAUCGAAGAGAUCGGACGUCGAAGAAAGAGAAGAGGGUAGCAACGGAAGUCCGAAGUCAAGACGGCGCGGACUAGAAUCUCAACGCAUACUACCGAAGCUGAAGGUAAAAGAAACGAAGAAAAGAAAAGAAAAAAGGAGACGAAGAAUAUAUAGCAUAAGAAUUGAAAUAUUCGGAAGAGGACAAGGGAACCUUGUGGUUAACAUUGCCGAAUAGAGUAUAGCACGAUGCUGGUGGAACAUGCGAUGCAUUGGGCCUGGCAAGCCAUGGGUGGCACGAGGAUCGAAGUCCUUUACACUCUCCUCGUGUUUCUCGGAGUGUUGUUGGUGACGAGGUGCUUGCAAUGGCUUAGAUACGUGCGGUCGCUGCCACCAGGUCCUUGGGGUGUACCCGUGUUUGGUUAUCUGCCGUUCCUGAAAGGCGACGUUCACCUCCAGUACGGGGAACUCGCGAAAAAGUACGGUCCAAUGUUCAGUGCCCGGCUAGGAACGCAACUCGUAGUUGUCCUUAGCGAUCAUCAUACGAUUCGCGACACGUUUCGCCGGGAAGAGUUUACUGGCAGGCCGCAUACCGAGUUCAUCAACAUCCUCGGCGGAUAUGGUAUUAUCAACACUGAGGGUGCUAUGUGGAAAGACCAAAGAAAAUUUCUUCACGAUAAGCUCCGAAGCUUCGGCAUGACCUAUAUGGGCGGCGGGAAGAAAAUUAUGGAAUCGAGAAUAAUGCGCGAAGUCAAGACGUUCCUUUCUGGACUGGCGUCGAAACGCGGCACGCCGACCAGCGUUUCUGCCUCCCUAGGAAUGUCGAUCAGCAACGUGAUCUGUUCGAUCAUAAUGGGAGUGCGCUUCCAACACGGUGACACCAGGUUCAAGCGAUUCAUGGACUUGAUCGAAGAGGGCUUCAGACUGUUUGGCAGCAUGGCCGCCGUCAACUUUAUCCCUGUGAUGCGCUACUUGCCGUGUCUGCAAAAGGUGCGGAAUAAAAUAUCGGAGAAUCGAGCGGAGAUGAGCGAUUUCUUUCAAGAGGCGGUCGAUCAGCAUCGGGCGACGUUCAACAGAACCACCGUCCGAGACCUCGUCGACGCGUAUUUGCUCGAGAUCGAAAAAGCGAAGGGAGAAGGUCGUGCCACUACACUUUUCCAAGGAAAGAAUCAUGAUCGUCAGAUGCAACAAAUCCUCGGCGAUUUGUUCUCCGCUGGAAUGGAAACGGUUAAAACCACGUUGGAGUGGGCUAUUAUCUUGAUGCUCCACCAUCCGGAAGCAGCGAAUGCCGUACAGGAAGAACUGGAUCAAGUAGUGGGUAAAUCGAGGAUGCCUGGAUUAGAGGAUCUACCUUUCCUUCCGAUCACCGAGGCGACCAUACUCGAGGUUCUUCGCAGAUCGAGCAUAGUACCCUUAGGAACUACGCACGCAACUACACGAGACGUGACGUUGCACGGUUACACGAUCCCGGCUGGAUCCCAGGUGGUGCCGCUGCUACACGCGGUCCAUAUGGAUCCGGAGCUGUGGGAGGCGCCCGAGGAGUUCCGGCCGAGUCGGUUCCUCUCGGCCGAAGGUAAAGUCCAGAAACCGGAAUACUUUAUGCCAUUCGGCGUCGGCAGGCGCAUGUGUCUGGGCGACGUGCUCGCGCGCAUGGAGUUAUUCCUGUUCUUCAGCUCGUUGAUGCACACGUUCGAGGUUCGAUCGCCCCAGGGUUCGUCCUUGCCGAGCUUGCGCGGUAAUGCCGGCGUGACCGUAACGCCCGAUCCCUUUGACGUUUGCCUGUUGCCGAGAAAUUUGGAUCUCAUCGAGGAUACCAGCAGCGACGUGAUCUCUCCCGGUGCCAUUCUACGGAAUAUCGGCAGUAAUUGAAACGCGCGCGGUUUUCUCUUUAACAGCUCCAAAAAAUUAUCAAUGGAGCACGGUAGUCGUUCCUGACGCGAGCGACCCGACCCAAUCCGACCCGACCUAUCGUACCUUGAUCCGAUCCAAUCCCGCGACUCUGUUGAGUUACAGGCCAAACAUUCCAUCAGUCGAAUGCAAUGCUCCCUGGUGUAAUCGUUUAAUUUCUUUAUCGUAUGCAUGUGUAUGCUCGUGACGUGUGUAUGUGUAUAGGAGCGUGAGCAAUCUUUUUUUUUAUACUUCACACCAUUGCGAUUAUCAGCCAAAUCCAUCACUUCAUUCCUUAUUUAUUCGCAGUUAGUCAUUAGCGUUAAAUGUAUGUUGGAUCGAACAUAUGUAAUGUGGUAUGGUUGGAUGGUUUGGGACGUUUGCGUCUGUAUUCCGAAUUCGUCCUAUACGAAUAUGAUACGCUGACAACGAUCAUUCGGGUUGUUAGAAGCAACGCAGUCUCAGACGCGACAAGAGACAAAAGACUUGUAGAUAGUGGUAAUAACGAGAACAAUAUUAGUAGUAAUAGUAUUAGAGGUAAGUAGCAGUAGCAAUAGGAAAUAGAGAAAAAAUAAUUAGAAUCGAUGUAGUAACGAUAGUAACGACAAUAACGAAGUAACAACGACAAUAUCGAUGAUAGCGAUAAUAUUGGUAACCGGUAGAAAAUAAGAGAAAUAAUGAACGAGCUCACGUGGAAGGACAUACGUGAAAGAGAAGAAAACAGAGAAACCGAGAAUAAUGAUGUGAGCACACGGUUGAUUCGAUGAUUGUGCCGAGUGCCGAAAAUUCGUGGCGGUUGAGGAGAGCGCGCGCGAGGUUCGUGUCCCCCCUAGUGUCUCUCUUUUCCCUUAUCGUUCGAAAGUAUCCGACGCGACCAGAUUCGAAUGGAUUAGAUCGUUAGGGCCUUCUCUGCGCGUUGGAUGAGCGCAGCCGUUGACCUAGAACAGUGAUUUUCGUGAAAGUUAGAACAAGGCUCUUGCGACAUCGCAUGGUAGCAGCGCACACAGUGUAUGUAAAUAUGUCCGUAUGUAUGUAUGUAUAGUUACGUAUAGCGUUUCAGAAUUCAAGACCGGCAACGAACUCGAUCCGUUUUGGGCGCGGGCAAAGAUUAAGGCUGUGAAUUUCGAAUUUAGGACAUGGGACUCUCCGACGAGAUCCCUGUGAUAUCGCGAUCGUAAAAUCAUUUCCAAAGAUUUUUUUUUCAUCGUCGUGUGUCCGGCGAAAGCCGACGGGGCGGCGACGCGUGUUCUCCGUUUUCUUUCGCUCCCGCCAUGUCACCGCCCGUUUGUACCGUCACCGCGCGCCGCGCGCCGUGCAUGCGUGCGUUCCUUUUGCGUACGGCGAGCCUUUAUGCAACGCAGAGAUCACCGCGUCGAUGCCUCGUUUGUAUUCACCAGUAAUGAAAUUUGCAUGUGGCAUGCUCGAAUAGCGGAGCACCGCAUUGUGUUCACCAGCGAAUCUGUGUUAUUUAAUGUUAAUCUUCUUUUCUAACGAUCAUUAAACAGAAACCAUGGUUGUACUUUAAUUUUGUAUAUCGCUUUAAUUGGAAAAUGCGCGUGCGCUUUGUCUCGCACGGAACAAAUCGACCGAUUUUUUCGUUUCGUUUCAUUACAGUUAACAGAAAUAAACUGCCGUACAUGUAUGCACGCGAUUCGUUAUACGACGAGUCACACUAUUCUUGAUGAAAACGAACAUUACGAUUGUACUCGUGGUUCUUCGUAAGUUUGAAAUUAUAUGUUUCAUUUCCACCUACAA